UGCCCGCCGGUUCCGGCCCCGCCCACCACUUCCGGUCUCGGAGGUUCCGCUGCGGUCGGAGGCUGCGUCCGCUGCAGCGGGUUCCGCCACGCUCCAGAUAAUCUUUUCCUGAAGGAAAGCUGCCACUUCAUAUGCUUCAGAAAUGGCUCUUCCAAUCAUUGUAAAAUGGGGUGGACAGGAAUAUUCAGUGACCACGCUUUCGGAGGAUGAUACUGUGCUUGAUCUCAAACAGUUUCUCAAGACCCUUACUGGAGUGCUGCCAGAACGCCAGAAAUUACUGGGACUCAAAGUGAAAGGCAAACCUGCAGAAAAUGAUGUUAAGCUUGGAGCUCUCAAACUGAAACCAAAUACUAAAAUCAUGAUGAUGGGAACUCGUGAGGAGAGCUUGGAAGAUGUCUUGGGUCCGCCCCCUGACAAUGACGAUGUUGUCAAUGACUUUGAUAUUGAAGAUGAAGUAGUUGAAGUGGAAAACAGGGAAGAAAAUCUGUUAAAAAUUUCUCGGAGAGUCAAAGAGUACAAAGUAGAAAUACUGAAUCCUCCCAGAGAAGGAAAAAAGCUGUUGGUACUAGAUGUUGAUUAUACAUUGUUUGAUCAUAGGUCUUGUGCAGAGACUGGGGUAGAAUUAAUGCGGCCGUAUCUUCAUGAAUUCCUAACAUCUGCAUAUGAAGAUUAUGACAUUGUUAUUUGGUCUGCGACAAAUAUGAAGUGGAUUGAAGCUAAAAUGAAAGAACUGGGAGUGAGUACCAAUGCAAAUUAUAAGAUUACCUUCAUGUUGGACAGUGCUGCUAUGAUAACAGUGCAUACCCCAAGGAGAGGACUGAUAGAUGUAAAGCCUCUUGGUGUUAUUUGGGGAAAGUUUUCCGAGUUUUACAGCAAGAAGAAUACCAUUAUGUUUGAUGACAUAGGAAGAAAUUUCCUAAUGAACCCACAGAAUGGACUGAAGAUAAGGCCUUUUAUGAAAGCACACCUAAAUCGAGAUAAAGACAAAGAACUUUUAAAAUUAACUCAGUACCUCAAAGAGAUAGCAAAAUUGGAUGACUUUUUGGAGCUAAAUCACAAAUACUGGGAAAGGUGA